UUUACAUUUUAGUAGCGGUCCUCCAUGUUUUUGGGGCACUUGUAUAUUAGGUUCCCUCUUUUCCAUCACUCCUUAUUAUCUAUAUCUCUCUCUUCUCUCAAAAACAGUGUCUGGAGUUCGAAAUCUUUUUCGUAUUCUUGGUGGGUACAGUUUAUCUUCUCGCCGAAGAUAAACUGCAUUUUCGUGAUCGUUGAUGUUAAGUGAUCAAUCUUAGGAACUGUAGUCAUGAGUGGCAACAUUCCUAACGUUGUUGAACGCCCAUUCAGGCCAAGUCUUGAGAAAAUUGAAACAGAUAUAGCGGAGGAUGAGAGGAAAAAGAAACAUGGGUCUUUUAAGAAGGCGGCAAUCAGCGCCUCUUCCAAAUUCAGGCACUCCUUAGCUAAAAAGGGUCGUAGUAACAGCAGAGUUAUCUCUGUAGAUUUUGAGGAUGAGCGUGAUGCUGAGGAGUUGCAAGCUGUAGACGCCUUGCGUCAGGUUCUCAUCUUCGAAGAAUUGCUCCCUGCUAAACAUGAUGACUAUCAUAUGUUGCUUAGGUUUUUGAAGGCUAGGAAAUUCAAUAUUGAGAAAACAAAGCAAAUGUGGGCUGACAUGAUUCAAUGGAGGAAAGACUUUGGUUCUGACAACAUUAUGGAGGAAUUUGAGUUCAAGGAGAGGGACGAGGUUGUUAAAUACUAUCCACAAGGGCAUCAUGGUGUUGACAAAGAUGGAAGACCCGUUUACAUUGAGAAGCUCGGUCAAGUUGAUUCGACCAAGCUCCUGCAAGUUACCUCAUUGGAUCGCUAUCUCAAAUAUCAUGUUCAGGAGUUUGAGAGGACCUUCAUUGAUAAGUUCCCAGCAUGCUCCAUCGCAGCCAAAAAACACAUUGAUCAGAGCACAACCAUAUUAGAUGUUCAAGGAGUGGGACUGAAAAGUUGUAAUAAGGCUGCUAGGGAACUCAUUCAGACCCUUCAAGGCGUUGAUGGUAAUAACUACCCUGAGACUCUAUGUCGCAUGUACAUAAUCAACGCAGGAUCUGGAUUCAGGCUAUUGUGGAGUACAGUUAAAUCGUUCCUCGAUCCUAAAACCACAUCUAAGAUCCAUGUUUUGGGUAACAAAUAUCAGAGCAAGCUUCUUGAGAUCAUUGACGCGAGUGAGUUGCCAGAGUUCUUGGGUGGAACUUGCACUUGUGAAGAUAAAGGUGGUUGCAUGGUUUCUGAUAAGGGACCUUGGAAUGACCCUGACAUCAUUAAGAUGGUCCGAAACAAUGAACACAAAUGCACAAACCGUUCUUCACCCGUCAAUGAAUCCCCGAGAGCUGCUAAUGAUGAUACUACUCAUUCACACAUCUCCCAUGUUCAUGAAGAAGAAGUUCAAAGAUUAUGCAAAAUUUGUUUUAGACAUUAA